AUGAACAUGACGGGCAUGAACCCAGCUGCGGGAGGGCCUGUAGGGGGCGGCAUGAUCAUGAUGAUGAACAACGGAAACCCCUCCAAUGCCGCCAACAGCAGCAGCAGCUCCUCUCAUAGUGAGCUGAAGCGAAGGCUAGACACUUAUAUCUACGACUACUUUCUCAAGAAUGGGCACCACGAACAUGCCCGCGCUCUCUACCACGAUGAUAGCAUUAAGCUCAAUACGCACCCUCAGACCAAGUCCAGCCCGAGUCGGCGACGUGACGCUGAGAUGAAUGGAAUCGAUGAGAAUGCCAUGGACACUGAUUCCAAGGACGACAUCAACAAGAUCCCUGACGACCUUCCCAAACCUAUCGUCCCCGACAACGCGCAAUGCGGGUUCCUAUACGACUGGUUUGGCCUAUUCUUCGACAUCUGGUGUGCUUCGCGGAACAAGAAACCUGACGAUUCAGGUGCUGCUGCCCAGUACUUGCAGCAGACCCAACUGAUGCAGAGAAUGCGGGAGACGCAGCACUCUUCAACUGUUUUAGGCCGUCAAGGCAUGAUGCCCAAUAGACAAUUCGGCCCACAAAACAUGCGCAAUGGCAUCACUCAAGAUAUGCAGCGCGCGAUGGCUGCCAAACAGCUGUCGCCUGCGCAAUUUCAACAAUUACAGCAGCAACAAAAGCAGCAACAAAUGAUGCACCAAAUGCACCGCGAACAGUCGGAAAACGAGAUGAAUGGGCAUCGACCACAGUCUCCCGCAUCGACUGAAAAUGCAGGCUCGCCGUCAAAACGGCCCCGCCUUGAUGGCCAGCAAUUUACCGGCGGUCCAAUGGCGCCCAACGGCCGAGGUCAAGGAAUGCCACAGCAGCAACAACAACAGCAGCAGCAGCAGCAGCAGCAGCAGCAGCAACAGCAAGCUAUGAACAUGUUGAUGGCAAGUGGCAUGGGUGGGAGAAACAUGUCUCAGUCACAGUUUCAAUCCUUUCCGACGCCAAAUCCUGGCAUGCAGAAAAAUUUACAGGUAUAUGCCCAGAAUCUGGCCCAACAGCAAGGUCGCUCAAUGAUGAAUCAGGGUGUUUCCAUGCCAAAUGGUAUGAUGAAUCCAGGAGUCAUGCCCAAUCAGGGCUCACCCAUGCUCGGACCUGUGGACGGCCCGAAUUUCAUGCAGAACAUGUCAAUGGAGGGCAUGUACAACCCACAGCAGAUAGCCGCCUUCAGGCAGCAUGCCAGCAUGCAAGGCGCUAGCGGGCAAGGGGGCAAUCAUGCUCUACAAGACUAUCAGAUGCAGUUGAUGCUUCUGGAACAGCAGAACAAAAAGCGUCUGAUGAUGGCUCGCCAGGAGCAGGAAACCAUUACACGAACUGACGGUGGGCCUCCCAUGACAGGUCCCGCUGGCAUGCCGCAACCUGUUAUGUCACCGGGAAGCCGAGCGGGAGCAUCCCCCAAUCCGACUGAUCAGAUGAAGCGUGGAACGCCUCAACUUCCUGCGAACGGUAUGCCCUCAUCACCCUCUGCUGGCGACGGCAUGCCGCAAGGCCGAGGAUCUCCUGCUGGGAUGAACUUUCCAGGUGGUAUGCCUCCGGAUUUCAACAAUCAACUCUAUAUGAAGAACCUGGGUGACAAUAUGGUAGGUCCGGGUGCACCUGGAAUGCGGCCUCCUACAUCAAUGAAUCCUUCCAUGAACAUGGAAGGCAUCGCUCGACAGCAGCAGGGUGGUAGAAUGCCAAGCGGCAAUUGGCAAGGCAAUCCACAAGGCCAGCCAAUGAUGCAACAGCCUCCACAAGCUCAGCCUCAGGCCAUGGGGACUCCACAACAACGACCAGGAGACAUGCCUCCCCCCGCUGGUCUGCCGGUGGGCAAUGCUCCAAGCCAACGGAACCAGCCACCUUCCCCCCAACCCGGUCAGGCUCCUCCCACUCCCUCACAAUCGAACAAAGCCAACCCUAAGAGUAAAAAGGACAAGAAUGAACCUAAGAAGAAGCCGAAUAAGAGAAACUCAACUGCCAAUGCACCCACAACAUCCGAACCAGAUCCUCCCGCCACACCCACACCUUCCACUCCCAUUACACCAAACAACCAGGCAUCAUUCCCAAAAGGUACCAAUGCUCCCACCGGCGGAAACGCCCCGCCCUCGAACCCGACUCCAACUUCCAAUCCAGCUGUGCCUCAACAACAAGCGCCUGCCGUCGACCCUACAGCGGCCGCUGGUGCCUUUGGCGACUUCCCCAAUUCCAACGAAGCUUUCAAUCUUGACUUUAGUGGACUCGAGACCACUGAUGUUCUUGAAAAUUUUGACUUUGACAGCUUCUUGCACAAUACCGACGAUGGCAACAAUGGAUUUUCAUUCGAUCCUGGUAGUAUGAAUUUCGCCGAAGGACUAGAAACGGCGGGUAUGGAGUGA